AUGUCGCUUUCCCGAAAGCACACCACCAACAAAACUCACGGCGGACAAGAAAAAAGGCCAAACGCCGACAACGGUUGCGGACAAGAAGAAACGCCGUCGACCCGACCCGAACUCCGACGACGAAACCCAUCACCCCUUCAAGAGCCUCCUCAAACCCGACCCGCUCAUCCUCCAAACCCUCUACGACCUCCGCUUCACCACCGCCUAACCAUAACCCUCGCCGACCUCGCAGUCGGCUCCACUUGCCGCGAGGGCAGCGACCUGGACUUGCCGUCUGUCUGGUCGGAGAUCGAUCUCCAGAUGCUCAAGGUCAUCAAAUCCAUCCUCGACGGCAACUUCGCGUUCGAGGUCCCCUCACGCGCCGCCGCUAACCAGCUCUAUGUUCCGGAGCUCAACCUCAUUGUGCUAAAAGACAAAACUUCCCUCCGCCCCUACGCCAACUUCUCCGCCGUCCGCAAGGCCACCAUCACAGCUCGUCUUCUCCAGCUAAUCCACCAGCUCUGCCUCAAGAACAUCCACGUCACCAAGCGUGACCUGUUCUACACCGACGUCAAGCUCUUCCAGGACCAGAGGCAGUCCGAUUCGGUCCUCGACGACGUGUCGUGUAUUCUUGGAUGCACGCGCUCGAGCCUCAAUGUCAUCGCCUCUGAGAAGGGUGUGGUUGUGGGUCGCCUGAUACCGGAGCAGUGUACGACGAUCAGCAUGUCAUUUUUACGGAAUGUCCUGUAA